CCGACUGAGUUCGAGGAGUCGGUAGCGCAGGCUAUAUUUGAUUUGGAGAACACCAACCAGGAGCUGAAAAGUGACCUGAAGGAUCUGUACAUAAAUUCUGCCAUUCAAGUUGACGUCUCUGGUGGCCGGAAGGCUGUUGUCAUUCACGUCCCGUACAGACUGCGAAAAGCUUACCGCAAGAUCCAUGUUAGGCUCGUGAGAGAGCUUGAGAAGAAGUUUAGCGGCAAGGAUGUUAUCUUGAUUGCCACAAGGAGGAUCUUGAGGCCCCCAAAGAAGGGCUCUGCAGCUCAAAGACCCCGCAGCCGUACACUCACUACUGUCCACGAGGCAAUGCUUGAGGAUGUUGUAUUGCCUGCUGAGAUUGUUGGGAAGCGCAUCAGAUAUCGUCUAGAUGGCUCCAAGAUAAUGAAGGUUUUCUUAGAUCCUAAGGAACGGAACAAUACCGAGUACAAGCUUGAGAGUUUUUCUGCAGUUUACAGGAAGCUUUCAGGCAAGGAUGUUGUUUUCGAAUACCCAGUAACUGAGGCUUAGAAUGGUGUGAUGUGAAAGUUAAGAUAUCUCUUUUUAUGGAACUGCUUUUUAGUGGCCUUGCACUCCAAAAUUUUGGUUUGGACUUGAUUAGAGAAAGCUUUCUGAUGGAUUCUGUUUCUGUUUUAGUUGACAAUACCGAUGUUCAACAUUGUUUUUUUGAUGUAAGGUUAAUCAUUUUUUUGAGAUAAUUUAUCCGUGCCAAUCACAGUGAUGAA